CCUCCAUCGAAAAGCAGCGAGACCCAGCCAUUUCCACUUUCUUCAAACUGGAAACGGAAUCGGGGUUGUUCCUUCUCGCAACAAAACCUCAGAAGCGACAUCGUCUGGCACUUGCAUGCCCUCCUCAUCUUCCUCCAAGCUCCUUCCUCCUUCACAUCCUCCUCAACUCGCUCUCCACUCGACCCUCUUCCUCGGAGCUCCAAACCCUCCGCCGUCUCCGAUCUCCUUCAGGAUGAAGGACCGGCCUCCGUCGUCGCACGGCGGCGUCUACAUCCCUCCCCACCAGCGCCUCCGCUCCGUCAUCACCACCCCUAACUACUCCUCCUCCACUCCGGCUGCUGCUUCCGCGGACGCCGCCACUUCGCGCGGUCAUCACAGCCAAGCCGUCGCCGUCCCCGUCCCCGCCCCGAGCCCUGCGAGAGCUUCUCCGCCCACUUCGACAGCUCACCAGCGGCAGCAGCUGCAGCAGCAGCAGCUCAACAAGAGGAAUUAUCCGCAGUACAAUUCAGCUAACAGUGACGGCGCGUCCGAGGAUGGUUCGGAUCGCGAGUUCGAGUCGUCUUGGUCGCAGGGUUCAACGUUUUCUGGUAGCAUUGAUGGGUGGAAACGGAAGCUAAACAUGCUUUUGUGCAAUAAAGAAAAGCAAGAAUUGGUCUCAAAGGACAAAAAGGACAGGCGUGAUUUUGAGCAAAUAGCAGCUCUGGCGCGCAAGAUGGGUUUGUAUAGCCAAGUGUAUGCAAAAGCGGUUGUCUUCAGCAAGGUUCCUCUGCCUAACUAUAGAUUUGAUCUGGAUGAGAAGCGUCCGCAGAGGGAGGUAAGCUUACCUCUUGGUCUGCUAAGAAGAGCUGAGGCAUAUCUAGGGGAGUACUUUUCUCAGAAGCCUAGAUAUACAGAAAGAUCUCCAUAUGAUUCCUUUUCAAGAUGCAGUAGUAGCAGUAGCAUUGCUACUGAAGAAGGGCUUUUUGAACAACCGGAGCCACUGGCAUCCAGUAAGUCCGUGAUGGAGAAAGUUUUUGCUCGGAGAAGUUUGCAACUCCACGAGAAGCAGCAAGCUUGGCAGGAAUCUCUGCAAGGAAGAAAAAUACUGGAAUUUCGUAAAAAUCUACCUGCCUAUAAGGAGAAGGACGUAUUAUUAACGGCCAUUGUGCAAAAUCAGGUUGUUAUCAUCUCAGGUGAAACUGGCUGCGGCAAGACUACACAGAUUCCCCAAUUUAUUUUGGAAUCACAGAUAGAUUCUGGACGUGGAGCACUUUGUAAUAUCAUAUGCACACAACCAAGAAGGAUAUCAGCCAUGUCUGUUUCUGAAAGAGUUGCUUCAGAAAGAGGAGAAAUAUUGGGUGACUCUGUUGGAUACAAGGUUCGGUUGGAGGGCAUGAAGGGCAAGGAUACACGCCUUCUCUUUUGCACUACAGGCAUAUUGUUGAGAAGGUUGCUGGUCGAUAGAAACUUAAAAGGUGUAACUCAUGUUAUUGUUGACGAGAUUCAUGAACGUGGAAUGAAUGAAGAUUUUCUGCUUAUUGUCCUAAAAGAUCUACUUCCUCGUCGGUCAGAACUGAGGUUGAUUUUGAUGAGUGCCACCUUGGAUGCUGAACUUUUCUCGUCCUAUUUCGGUGGAGCUCCAAUAAUUCGCAUUCCGGGAUUUACAUACCCAGUGCGGACCCAUUUUCUGGAAAAUAUACUAGAAACGACGGGCUACAGGUUGACUCCUUACAAUCAGAUGGAUGACUAUGGUCAAGAAAAGAUGUGGAAAAUGAGCAAACAAGCUCCCAGAAAGAGAAAGAGUCAAAUUGCCUCUGUUGUUGAGGAAGCACUUGGAGCUGCAGAUUUGAAGGAUUAUAGCCUCCAGACUAGAGAGUCUCUCGCGUGUUGGAAUCCUGACUGUAUGGGCUUUAAUCUUAUAGAAUAUGUGCUAUGCCACAUAUGUGAGAAUGAAGGACCAGGUGCUGUGCUGGUCUUUAUGACAGGAUGGGAUGACAUAAGUUCACUGAAGGAAAAACUCCAAAGUCAUCCAUUAUUGGGAGAUCCUAAUCGAGUUUUAUUGCUUGCAUGCCAUAGUUCAAUGGCCAGUUCGGAGCAGAGGUUAAUAUUUGAUGAACCAGCAGAUGGUGUAAGGAAAAUAGUGCUCGCAACCAAUAUUGCUGAGACAAGUAUUACAAUAAAUGACGUUGUUUUCGUUCUCGACUGUGGAAAGGCUAAAGAGACCUCAUAUGAUGCACUGAAUAACACUCCUUGCUUGCUUCCUUCCUGGAUUUCUAAAGUUUCUGCGCAGCAGCGAAAAGGAAGAGCAGGUCGAGUUCAACCUGGAGAAUGUUACCAUCUUUAUCCUAAAUGUGUAUAUGACGCCUUUUCAGAGUAUCAGUUGCCAGAAAUUUUGAGAACGCCCUUGCAGUCGCUUUGUUUACAAAUAAAAAGUUUAAAACUUGGAAGUAUUUCUGAGUUUCUUUCAAGAGCUUUGCAGUCCCCAGAGUUGCUAGCGGUUCAAAAUGCUAUUGAGUACUUAAAAACUAUUGGGUCUCUGGAUGAGAAUGAGAAUUUGACCGUAUUAGGCCGCUACCUUUCUAUGCUUCCAAUGGAGCCUAAACUUGGGAAGAUGCUUGUAAUGGGAGCCGUCCUAAAUUGCCUGGAUCCAAUACUUUCUGUCGCUGCUGGCCUCAGUGUGAGAGAUCCUUUUCUAACGCCGAUGGACAAGAAGGAUUUAGCGGAGGCUGCAAAAGCACAGUUUUCUCGUGACUACAGUGACCAUCUUGCAAUUGUCCGGGCCUAUGAGGGGUGGAAGGAUGCUGAAGUAGAUUUUGCUGGAUAUGAGUAUUGUUGGAAAAAUUUUCUGUCAGUACAGUCCAUGAAAGCUAUUGAUGCUCUUCGGAGGGACUUCUUCUCUUUGCUUAGGGACACUGGCCUUGUUGAUGGAAACCCAACCACCAGCAACCAAUGGAGCCAUGACGAACAUCUCAUCCGUGCAGUUAUAUGCUAUGGCCUGUAUCCUGGUAUUUCUUCUGUUGUGCACAAUGAAAAGUCAUUUUCCCUGAAAACUUUGGAAGACGGCCAGGUGCUUCUGUAUUCAAACUCUGUCAAUGCUCGGGAAUCCCAAAUACCUUAUCCAUGGCUAGUUUUCAAUGAAAAGAUUAAAGUGAAGUCUGUUUUCCUCCGCGAUUCUACAGCUGUGUCAGAUUCAAUGCUUCUCCUGUUUGGUGGAAGUUUCUCUAGGGGGGAUACGGAUGGGCACAUAAAGAUGUUAGGAGGAUAUCUGGAAUUUUUCACGAAUCCUGCAAUAGCAAACAUGUACACAAGCAUUAAACAAGAACUUGAUGAACUGAUUCAAAUGAAGCUACAUAAUCCCAGGAUGGAUAUACACUCCCAUCAUAAGCUCCUAUCUGCUGUAAGGCUGCUGCUAGCAGAGGAUAAAGGUUAUGGUAAAUUCAUUUUUGGCCGUCAGAUUUUGAUGCCCUCGAACACGACCCAGGCACUAGUGCAACCAACCACAAUCUCACGCACUGAGAGUGGGCCUGGUGGUGAUAAUUCGAAAAGUCAGCUGCAAACACUGCUCACAAGGGCAGGAUAUGCUGCCCCUACCUAUAAGACAAAGCAAUUGAAGAACGAUCAGUUUCGAGCAACAGUUGAAUUUAAUGGGAUGCAGAUCAUGGGUCAGCCGUCCACCAAUAAGAAGAGUGCGGAGAAGGAUGCAGCUGCUGAGGCUCUGCAGUGGCUGAUGAGUGGUACUCAACCGGGUCAUGAAUACAUAAAACAGAUGUCGAUGCUGCUGAAGAAAAGCAAGAAGGACCACCAAUAGCUUAACAGGUGAUACAUGGAGUUAUAUUCUUCAACGAGGGUCUGAAAGGAUUAUGCUACAUUGCUGAGUUCUUAGUAAGAGUCUGAGAAUCGGAGACUAAAGCACUGCCUCAUCCUCGAGAAGUUUUCUGCAUGUGGAUGGUGGUUAAUCUGCCUUUUUGGUGCUCCACCUUCGAGUUCUUGAGCUCAAUUUUCUAUGGAAGGAUAAUGGAUCUCUAAGGUCUGGGCCAAUGUGUGUGGUAAGUUGGAUUUUGUAAUAGCUCAGAUUUUUUAGGUGGACUCGGCUGUAUUGUGAGAUAGUUUGGUUAAAACUCAGAAUUCUAGGACCAAGCAUAUGUUGGCAAAUGGGGUCUUGGGUCAGAAGCAAUCCUAUGUAUCAUUAGUCAAAGGAUUUGUAGGAGCUGAGGCGAGUCCAUAUUGUAGAUACUGUAAUCUACAAUUAUUCGAUUUGUACAGGUCUAACAGUUGAAUUGAAUUGGGGAUCUCUGGAUUUGGAAUUUGAUGGCACUUUUGGCGCCUCCCAACUCCUUGUAUCCAUGCAGAUGGAUGUAAAUCGGUUGAAGUGUAUGGCCUUGAGUUAAGGUAAAUAUUACCAUCGGCCGUGCAUAUUGUUCUGCUUUGCACUA